AUGCUAGUGAGGAAAUUAACGCUUAUCGGAGCCGCGUUGGCGCGGGCUGCGCUGGCGCUGCAGCAGGAGGACUUCGUGGUCAACGGAGAACUGCUUCCGGGCGUGCGGGAGAUAGACAGGGCAGAGGUGCCCGAGAUGCACGCGGGGCUCAUGCCGCUCGAGGAGGACGAAGACGGGCGGGCGCUUUUUUUCUGGCGGAUGGGCGAGCAGUGCGGGAAGCGCUGCAGCAACGAGUUGAUAGUGUGGCUUAACGGCGGGCCGGGGUGCUCGUCGAUGGACGGGGCACUCAUGGAGACGGGGGCGUUCCGGGUGGCGGAGGACGGGAAGCUCUACCUGAACUCGGGGUCGUGGCACACGCGCGGCACGAUGUUGUUCGUGGACCAGCCCGUCGGGACGGGGUUCUCGCGGCCGGGCCGGGACGGGCGGUUACGGACGGAGUUGUCGCAGCUUGCGGAUGACUUUCUCCUCUUCAUGGAACGGUACUACGCCGUGUUUCCGGAGGACAGGCGCCGCACGCUCGUUCUAGCGGGUGAGUCGUACGCCGGGCAGUAUCUCCCGUACUUUGCGGACGCGGUGGUGCGCCGGAACGCGGAGCGGGCGCCCGAGGAGCGUUACAAGCUUCAGAAUGUGAUGAUUGGAAACGGGUGGGUCGAUCCUGAUCUACAGUCGCUUUCAUACGUGCCUUUUGUGAGCUCGCGGGGCCUAUUUGGACCAGAGACCCGCAACUUCCAGGAUAUCCUCCGUGAUCAGGAGGCCUGCCAGAACGCGAUUAACCAUGGACCUGCCAAAGGCUUCAGCCAUCCAGAGUGCGAGGGUAUCCUGCCGAAACUUCUGAGCUCCAUCCCUGGGCCAGACAGGCCUGUCCAACAGUGCAUCAACAUGUAUGAUAUCCGUCUCCGUGACGUUUUCCCUUCGUGCGGUAUGAACUGGCCCGCGGACUUGCCGAACGUGCACAAGUUCUUCGGCACGCCGGGUGUCUUGGAGGCUCUUCACGUGGACCCUCAAGUUGCUGGGCCGUGGGUGGAGUGCAAGUCAGCUGUUAGCGAAGCGCUAGUCAACGCCCAUUCGCGUCCCAGUGUCCACUUGAUCCCAGGCCUUAUCGAAGCCGGUGUGAAAUUUGUCUUCUUCAACGGCGACCAGGACGUUAUUUGCAAUAACAUGGGUGUUGAGAUGCUAAUUGCGGAGCUAAGGUGGCGUGGCCACAUGGGGUUCAGCAAUGCUACUGAGAACUUCGACUGGUACCACUCGGACGCCGAUGCCAAAACGCUUGUUGCCGCCGGAGUCGUCAAGAGGGAUGGCCCGGUCACGUUCAUCUCCGUGUUCAACGCCUCGCACAUGGUUCCUUUCGACGUACCACGGAUCAGUCGUGGUAUCAUAGACAUUGAGCGCUCGGCCACCAUUUUGGGGGUCAAAGGCGAUAGUCGUAUGUUGAUUACAGUUGAUACUGAGGAAGACGUCACCCUGUCAACCAACGCUGAGCGGAAUCAGCAGAUUCGCCACAACCAGCUGAAACGUCUGAAUGGUGACACACGUAAGUUCACCAUUGCUGUUUUCGGACUGACAAUUUCGUCUAUCAUUGGUGUGAUAGUUUAUUUUAGCAUGCGUCUCCAUUAUGGCGCUAAAAUACGUGCUAUACUCACCAAUCCCAAAUCUGGAACGUCCUCCGCGGAUGAUUUCAGCAUGGAUGAUGAGUAUACAGGCACUGUGAUGGGAGACUUUCAUCACGGUACUCAUAAAAAGGGCCAAUACUAUGCCGUGCCCGACACAGACAUCAGCUCUUCCGAGUUACAUAGUGUAUAA